GAGCCGGGAGUUCCCUCAUCGCUCCCUGCGCCUCGUAAGCUUCGAGGAGUCCCUCAGCUGCUUGCCGGAGCGCUUGCUCGGCCGCAGCAAGCAGGCACAGCAGGAGAAUAUUGUUCUCGAUACCGUGGAUAAUGCAGAUGGCUUGGAGCAGCUUGUGGUCGUUUGUGUUGGGCUGGAUGCUCCCAUUCAGCGCCACCUGGAAGACUUACAGACACGCUCACGGCUCUAUAGAGGCUUAACGAGAGCACAGCUCUUGGCCAUCGUGGUCAAUGAAAGGGUGCAGGGCGGUUGGUUAGAAUUUUUAGGCAUGGUGACAUUCUCUGAGUCCUCUGAUGAAGCGGUUGCAGAGAAGGAGUCUGUCCAAAGUAUCCAAAAGGCCGCUGCCAAAGUGCAUGAAGAAGCCUUGCAGACCGUGGUGGAGAGCCAUGCGGAGAGUUGUGAUGCUGACGCAGCGGCAGUGGGCGAUGACAGCAAAUUUUUAGACGAGUUUCUGGACGAGCCGAUGCCAGCGACCUCGACUGUCUGGGACACCAGCAGCAACACCAUGUCACAGCCGACAGCUUUGCUCUUCAACCCGUUUUUCAACGCAGAUGAGGUUCCGAUUGCCAUGUUCUCUGCGCGAUGGAAUGCAAGAAACAAAGGCAUCGAAAGGCUUUUUCGAGAUGUGCCCGAGCUGCUGCGUGGACGCUGUAUAAGAAUUCUCGGGGUAGACGCAGAGUCCCCUGAGAAGCUCAGAUAUUUCCAAAUGCUGAAGGCGAAAAGGGGCGUGAUGCUCGCAGUCUGCACAGCGGACUAUGGGGAGAUGGCUGGUCCUUACCCCACCAGCGCCGAGCUCACUUUUGCCCUCCAGCAUAAUGUGGAGAUCCUACCGCUGAAGGUGGAAGAGAUCUACCCGCCCCAGCCGCCCUCGGGCCCGGACCACCCUUUCGACAAGCAUCGACUUGCCGAAGGCCUCAUCAGAAAGGCCAUGCCGCCAAGCAAGGCGUACAUCGACUGCUGUGGCAAGACGAAGGACUGCCCUCAGCAC